CGCAGGCGCAGAGGCCGCAGCUGGCUGGCAGGGAGGCAGCGGAUGCAGCAGCGGUGGCCGUAGUAGCAGCUGGCCGGGCUCGGAGCGCGAGUAGCGGACGCUAUACCGCACGGACGUGGAGACUGAGAUCCAGGGAGAAGUGACUUGCUCAAACCAAGUCACACAGGGUUAUUAUCAUCCAAGGGCCUACCUAAAACCAAAGAGAAAAGUCAUGGAGAGGGUAUUCCUCACUGAAGAGAAAGCCAAUUCAGUAUUAAAGCGUUACCCAAGAGCAAAUGGUUUUUUGGAAGAGAUAAGACAAGGAAAUAUUGAACGUGAAUGCAAAGAAGAAGUCUGUACCUAUGAAGAGGCAAGAGAAGCCUUCGAAAAUGAUGUGAAGACUAAGGAAUUCUGGGACACCUACACAAAGGAACAUCAGGGAGAAAGUAGCAAAGAAAGUAACUGGUAUCCAUUUUACCUUGCAUUUCCAUUAAUCAUUGGCCUUUUUGUUAUCCUCCUCAUCAUAUUCAUAACUUGGAGAUAUCUCUUAAAAAAGAAAACUCGCAGACAAACUAUGUACAUGAGACGGGGAGCUCUGGAAGCUAGUAGUGAUGGCACCAUGACGGAUGGUCGAGGCCCCCUUCCAUCCCAUCUAAGCAUCACUCAUUCCCCACAGGAAGAACUGUUUGACAGCAGUGGGCUGUCCCCAGGAUUUCUGGGUUUCAUAGGUGGGCGCUCAGAUUCCGUCUCCACACGCCUCUCUAACUGCGAUCCACCACCGACCUACGAGGAAGCCACCGGUCAGACAAACCUGAGAAGAAGUGAAACAGAACCUCAUUUAGAUCCACCCCCCCAGUAUGAUGACAUCAUGAACUCCAGCUCAGCCAAUGCCAUAGCUAUGGUACCCGUGGUCACCACCAUCAAGUAAAGCAGAAAAAGAGUCUUAAUUUCUCUGGUUCUUUUAAAACUACUAAUGGGAAAAUUUUGUAGCACUUUAUCACUGCAUAAUCAUGCAUUUACAUAAUUUAUUGGACCUUGGAAGCAUACCACUCCCUCCCCCCAGCCCCAUGUUGUUUUCCUUCUUCUUUUUUUUUUUUUUUUGUUGUUUUUUGUUUUGUUUCUUUCAGGUUUUAUCAGUGCUCAUUUGGGCUAGUGGGGAGAUAGGAACAGAUACCCACAGCAGUGUUCAUAUGGGAGUACAUAUAAAUGCCAACACAGUAUAUAUGCAACUGGCUUAAAAAAUCCUUCUAUCUCAGUCACUUAGGAAGGGAGACUCACCAAAAGCUGCAAAAUUACCACUUAGCUGUAUUUGCAGAUUAGAAAGCCGGCAUCAUGUUAUUGAAUUUUGCAAGUAGGAAAUGUUGCUGGACUAACUUUCCUCCCUAACUUCCCAUGUACCUUAAAAGGAAAAUGCAUGUCGUAAUCUGAAUUUAGACACUUCUGACAGAUAGCAAUAAAUGAUAAAGUGCUAACAACUUUUAACUAAUAAGAUAAUUGGUUAUUAAUGACAUUUCAGGGUUUGUGGUAUAUUUGGUAAAGAACCAAACAGUGUUUAUGUAUUUCUGAAUGACUUUGGUCAUAUUUAUUCAUUUUGUGCUUUCUUUUUCCUUCUGCCAUGAGAUAAUUUGUAAAGUGGUUAUAGAAACCUAUUACAGAGCGAUGUAUCACUCAAAUUUGAUCUUAAUUCCCUCCUUACUUCCCUGUUGUCCAUUAACUCCAUCCCAAACUUUUAUGCCCUGCCACUAGGCUCUUCCUCAUCCUUUUAGGAAUAUAAUUAAAAUUAAAAACUUGGAAAGAAAAUUAUUUGUUACAGUCAUAGGUUAGGCUGAAGUCAUUGCCUCAGGAUUAUAGGGAGGCAGUUUCCCAUAAAGUUAGAUAUAAAAAGAAUUAAAGCACUGUGAUUUUUAUAUUGGUUUUCUAUCGAUGGAGAAAGAUUGCAAAAUCUGUGUAGUGCCAGGGGCCAAUUGGAAUCCAAUUACAGCCUCAUAUAGGUCUUUGAUUGUCACUGUUUUCUUUUUGUGUUAUGUUCUUGUUUGUUUUGUUUUGUUUUGUUUUUUGCAGGGGGGGGGGAGUUAUAGGUAUAACUUUCAAAAAGUAGGGAGUUGAUGUUAUGCCCCGCCCCCAGGCAGAAUGUUUGAGAAAGGAAUGCAAACCUUCUGUAUUGGCAGCUAUGCUGUUCCCUGCAGUUAAGUGUGAGUUUCUGUGUUGCACUGAUAUGAAAUUGAUCAACCCUGUCCACCUGAAUGUUUGCAUGCAGCUCCACUCCCACAUUCUCAACCACUUCUCCACACCACCAUAAAGGCCAGUCCCCACAGUCAAAGGAAAUUGUUUCCUGGAUAAAAGAAAUACAUAUUUGACAUAUACAUAGAUGAGAAAGAUAAUGGCUCUCAACACAGUAGAUUGCUAGUGAGUGAGAGGUUCCAGCAACAACAGUCCAUUGCCUAGGAACUGUGAAUCAUUAAUUCAUAGUGCUUUCACACAGUCAAGAGGGUAAAACAAACUUCUCUUGACCUUGCCUCCCCUAGUGUACUUCAUUCAGCCUGGGUCCCACACAUCUUCUCCCAUUUGUUACUGUGCUGACAUCUGGAUUGCUUGCUCAGCAAUAACUGUCCAAAGGCCCAGGGAAAAAUUUUAUAAGUGACUUUAAAUUCGAAAGUUACGAAACAACUCAAUUAUGGACUACAGCCUUGGCACCAAGGACAUUGUCUUCUUGAGUCUCAUGAACAUGGCUAUAAAUAUACAAUAGACAGAGUUGCCUUCUCUACAAAAUGAGGAGGUGGGACUAUAUGGCCUCUGAGAUCUCUUCCAGUUCUUAAUCUAUAGCUUGUGUACCCUUAGUCUUUGGCAUUUGGUAGAGACUAGCCAUUAGGAAUUUUCACUUUAAAAGUUUUUGUUUGUUCUGUAGAAGUUGGCCAAAGCUCUUCUUAGAUAAUUAGUAUAGUGCAGGACUUGGGUUGGACCAGUAACUAGAAGUAAUUGAAGGACAAGAGCUGGGUAUAUCAUAACUAAAUACAGGCCUGAAUUAUGUUUAUUUCCAAUUUUAAGCUCCUGGGCUUAAUUUUACUGCUGCUUUUUUAUGGAUAUCCAAACUGCAAUACAGAAUGGAUUUUGGCUUUUUGAAAUAAAGGCCGAAUCCUUAAAUAUAUCAAUCAGUGACUACAGCUGUUGAUCAGAGAAAACCUUACACCUGACUGUUAAAAGGCAAAGAGCCAGAAAUGUCUGUGAUAGAGGCCAGAGGGGGGAAAAGUACCACCUGUUUUGUUUAAAAUUCAUUUAGGAUUUGGUAUUUCCACCCUCAUCCUGAAAUGAAAAUGCAGUUUUAUAAACUCAAUUUCUUAACAUUUGCAGAAGACAAGGGGCUCAUUCAAUGUAGCAAUAUAUUUUUUAUGUUUAUGCCUUUCCAAUCUGAUUGAUAUUGCAUUUGCCUUCAAUGGUUUUUAAUAAAGGUUUAUUUUUGCAGAAUAUAUUUACUACCUUUCUUAAACUAACUAAAUUGAAUCAUUUUUGCAUUAAAUAACUGAAGUAGAAUUUACAGCCUUAGCCCUGGAUGUUUUACAAGCCUUCCAUGUGCUGUGACUAUGUUUGUGGACCUCUAAGACAAGCAACGUUGCCUUCUUUGAAUGUAACAAUGAGUUGCAUCAUAUGCAAACAAAAAGCGAUUUCUGAUUUUCUGAUGAUCCAUGGGGAUAGAGGCACAGUUGUUGUUCAUUCAGUAGUUGAAUGAUAACUUCAAGAUUGGUUACCUGAUUGAUAGCUGUGGAGGUCAUUCUAACUUGGAUUUGUGUAAAUAACAUGUAUUUGAUUACAAGAUUUAAUAUUUGAAGACAUUUGGUUUACAUUAAAUUAUGGUAUUUAAACAUUUUGUUUAUGUUCAUAAUAGAUGAGGUUUUCCUUUGUCUCUGUGAUUUUUGGUAUGCUAAAUAAAGCUAUUUUUAAAACCAAGAAAUUCUUCAUGCCAAGUAUCAAAGCUAUCACAACA